CUAACGAUGAGUAAUCUGGCUCCAGUAAGGAUGAAAAGGUUGAUAAAGAGAUUGAGGUUGAAGAAGCCCCAACUGGGAAGCUUCUAGGAGUCAUAAGGAGGGCACUUUCCCCUCGAAAAUGACUAGGACUCAAGCCCGCGCGAAACUCUAUUUCACUAGCAAUGCAUUGUUCAAGGUCAUCUUUUUUCGUUGAUCGUUGACGGAGGAAGUUGUGCAAACGUCAUCAGUCAGGACGCAGUGAAUAAACUUGGAUUGAGUACGAUGAGGCAUCCAGAACCCUACAAUUUGCACUGGUUAAACGAUUAUGGGGGCGAUUCGGGCGACGAAACGAGCUAAGGUGAACUUCGAGAUAAGAGGAUAUAAGGAUGAGCUCGAGUUUGGCGUAGCCUCGAUGCAGGAUGCUCACAUACUACUGGGAAGACCUUGGAAAAUCGACCUUGGCGUCUUUCAUUAUGGUGGCACGAAUCAGCACAAGGUUCGACAUAAAUGGAAGCAGUAUAUGCUCAAGUCAUUGUCGCCGGAAGAAGUACGGGAAGACCGGAGACAUUUGGAGUCUAAUCAACGACGUUCGAAGGACGAAUAUAGUGGCGGAAGUUUUGAGGAGCCUCGUGGAAGCAAUGUGGUAUUUCAAAAGCUGAUGCUUACUGGACACAAGAGAGAGAGAGAGAGAGGAAGGCUUGUCGACGACAGCCCUGCAACCCAUCGUCGGAGCAAAGCAGGAGAGAGUGUGGAUUCGUCGGAGAGAUUGGUGAAGAGUCAAACCUAAAGAAGACUACAGGAACAUUCCAAAUUUCUUCGGGAAGCUCGUGCGCAAGUUGGAUUGGAACGAAUGUACCUAGAUUCCAGGAUCCAAUUCAUCUAAAAAUUGACUGGAAACGCUCAAACAUGACCAAAUUUUGAGCGAAUUGGAUGGAGUGAAUGAGGAUGAUUCGACGCGAACUGUUAAUGUGGAAUCCUCAAGGGAAGUUGUAAGAAGCUGUAGGAAACUUCAAUUUCACUCGAGGAUGCUAGAGGUGGAAACGCCCAAAUCUGAAAUCAAGUUGUUGGGUUCACGAAGUUUGAAAGUCAAUAAAGGCGGGAAAGGCACAAACCGAUUCGGGAACUGGGAUUUAGGGAUUAAGAGCAGAAUUAGGGAUUUGAGAAGAGAAAGAUAGAGAAUCGGCCUAGGCCUUUAGAGGGUUGAGAACGAGAAUUGAGAGGAUAUGGAGAUUAGGGUUUAGAAGAGUUUUCUUAAUAUUCUUCUUAUUGAUUCUGAAUAAAACGCAAAGUACAUA